AUGAAGGAGUUGGAGCAGCUUUGCCUAGAGGAAUGGGCAAAAAUCCCAGUGGCAAGAUGUGGCAAGCUCAUAGAGACUUAUCCAAAGCGACUUGCAGCUGUAAUUGCCGCAAAAGGUGGCUCUACAAAGCCCAAUGCAACUCAGUCUGACAUUACUUUCCUCUUGCCAAAGCUUGAGCAGAUUCUUCUUAGUAAUUCAUAUUUGGAACAGAAUUCUGGGAAUAACCUAGUUAUUGCUUGCUUCAGGUCUGGAUAUACUCGAAUAAAGGACUCCAACCCAUCAUCCCACAGAAAACAGGCUACUAAAGAUCUGGAAGAUGGAGAAAUUCAAAAUGUGUCCUCUGACAUGUACCAACAGAAGAAGGAUCUCUCGGAAACACAUGAAAGCCUGGACUACUUACCUUCUCACAGUGACGUCUAUAAAACAUGGCUACAAGAGAAGCCCCACAGGUCAGAUUGGGAUCGUUGGCUGAUGAUGGCCCUUAUUGGAGUUGUGGUUGGCACAGUGGGAUUUUUAAUGCACCAAAUAAUUGAUUAUCUUUUUGAAAUGAAGUGGGAGCUUGUGGAAACUUAUAUCAAGCAUGGGGACUUUUUCACAACAUGGCUGUUCAUACUUGGAAUUGGCCUUGCUAUGGUCUUAUGUGCAUCUGGACUGGUGGUGUUUUUCUGUCCAUCCGGAUCACCCAGUGGACUUCCUGAAGUUAUUGGGUAUUUAAAUGGAGCUACAAUGAGACACAUCUUUAACAUAAGAACGUUUAUUGGAACUUUCUUCUCAUGUGCAUUAGCUGUGUCAGCAGGGCUCUUUGGUGGACAAGAAGGACCCAUGGUCCAUGUGGGAGCUGUGGUUGGAUUUGGUCUGAGCCAGUUUAAAUCUGACACUUUGAAGAUAAAUCUUCCUUUCUUUACAAGGUUUCGGAAUUCAGCAGAUAAGAGGCAGUUUAUCACAGCUGGCGCAGCAGCUGGUCUUGCUUCUGUGUUUCGGGCACCCAUUGGAGGGCUUCUCUUUGCCUUAGAGGAGGUGGCAUCUUUCUGGGACAUUAAGUUGGCUUGGCAAACAUUUUUCUGCUGCUUAGUGGCAUCCUUCACUACAGAUGUUUUCUCUUCUUCAUUUGGUGGAUUUGCAUACAAUGGUUAUUUUGGAUUUUUCAAAGCUGAGCAAAGAAUCAUAUUUUGGGUGAAAGACCUAUUGGAUAUGAGUGUUUUGGCCUUUAUCCCCAGUAUUAUAAUUGGCGUAAUUGGUGGUUUAUUCGGAGCCCUGUUUGUGUUUCUAAAUGUAAAGAUCAAUAAAGGACGUCUGAAGCUUUUUAAUUCAAUUUCUCACAAACACCUGAGACAGCUGUGCAAGCUGCUUGAGAGUUUGUUGCUACUGGUGGUAACUAUGACUGUAACAGUCUAUGUGCCAUAUUUCUUCUCUUGCACCCCCAACCAGGAAUCGCGCCAUUUAACAAAUUCAACUGAUCACUCACAUGAUUCACAUAAUUUGUGGGAUGUCUCUGAAUAUAACUGUCCAACUGGUUCUAUGUGGCUUGGACCAAAUGGGACUGUGAUGUCAAAUUAUACCAUUAAUCAAGCUGCUGCUCUCUUGGUGAAGAAUGGGAAACAAGGCAUCUUGCUUCUGUAUGAACGGGGAACUCAUGCAAAGUUUGGAUUUCCUGCAAUUUUUACCGCUUUUGUACUCUACUUUACCGUUUCCUGCUGGACUGCCGGAACCGCAGCGUCCACUGGACUCGUUGUACCCAUGCUGUACACCGGUGCGUUGUUUGGUAGGCUUGUCGGUGUGAUUCUGGUGUAUAUGUUUGGAGUCCAAAGUGAUGAGUACCGGGCAUGGAUUGAUCCUGGGCUUUUUGCAACAAUUGGUUCUGCAGCUUAUUUUGGUGGAGUUUCCAGGCUAACCAUUUCCCUAACAGUCAUUAUGGUGGAAAUAACAAAUGAUGUACAGUCUAUUCUCCUGAUAAUGGUGGCGGUGAUGACUGGAAAAACAGUGGGGGAUUACUUCAACCAUUCACUCUUCAGCUCUUUACUGCAUCUUAAGCGUAUACCACAUUUAGAAGCAGAGCCCUGUGUAGUCCAUGGCAAAAAAAAGGUAAAUUUGGAGCUUUUCGCUGCCAAAGAUGUCAUGCAGCCUUGUACCGUUAUCCACCUGCGGGAAAAUGUCUCCUCAUUGGCUCAGCUUCUUAAUUCCACAAGUUACAAUGGCUUUCCUGUAGUUUACCGCCUGGCACCAGGGGAGGAUGAAGUCUUCUUAGGAACCAUUACAAGGUUGGAGCUGUACAUGCUUCUUUCCCACAGUCAUAUAUUCCAAACACUGGAGGAUGAUAAUGUGCGCACAGCUGUACUCAGGUACCAGGAGGUAACGGUGGAAAAGCUGCAUGCAGUGGAUCGAAUGAACACAUUGCUUAACAAGUAUUCCACAGACCCUCGCUAUCAGCAACUCUUCAUCAAUCUGGAGCCCUAUGUUAAUAAGUCUGCAGUGUCCGUUCAUGCUAAUUUCUCACUUCAGCGGACAUAUGUUGUGUUUCGAACACUCGGACUCCGCCAUCUCACGGUUGUAGAUCUUCAGAACAAGGCCGUUGGAAUGAUCACCAGGAAAGAUCUCAUAUCUCAGCGGCUGGAAAAGAAGUUAAUUAAAUUGGACUCUGGAAAGCUGGAAUCGGAUGAAGAACUACUAAAAUAACAUUCAGUAUGAGCUAUUUGGAGGCCAUGGUGAAACAUAUAAUGAUAUUAUCAGCACAAGCCAGCAGCUUCUGCCGUUGUAAUUUCAGUUAGAUCAAAAAAAUCAUUUGUUGGAAUGAUGGGUGAAUAUUAAGGAAAGAUCUAUAUUUUCUUUAUUACAGUAACCCGGGCUACACCUAAAGUUUAUUCUUCCCUCAAAAAAAUGCAUAUAUUUAAAAAUACAUUUUAUUGCAAAUACUAAUAAAUACAAUGAAAAAUGUUUUAUCAACAUAUUGUGUUUCUGACAAGUACAAUAAAAUGAAUCAAGCUUA